AUGUCAGAUGUUUGGCAAGAGUGUAUGGACCAUGGAGUGUCUGCUGCUAGAAAAGCUGGAGAAGUGGUUCGGGAAGCUUUAAAAAAUGAAGGCUGUAUGUCUGUAAUGCUGAAAAGUUCUCCAGCUGAUCUGGUAACAGAGACUGAUCAGAAGGUGGAGUCGUUGAUUAUAUCUUCAAUCAGAGAGAAAUUUCCAACUCACAGUUUUAUUGGAGAGGAGUCUGUGGCAGCAGGAGAAUCUAGCAUACUAACAGACAACCCCACUUGGAUUAUCGACCCCAUUGAUGGGACAACCAACUUUGUGCACAGAUUUCCAUUUGUAGCCGUGUCUAUUGGCUUUGCUGUGAAGAAAGAGCUAGAAUUUGGAGUUGUUUACAGCUGCAUGGAGGACAAAAUAUACACUGCAAGAAAAGGGAAAGGAGCAUUUUGCAAUGGAGUGCAGCUAAAGGUCUCCGGGCAAGAAGAUAUAACCAAAUCACUUAUAAUUACUGAACUGGGCUCCAAUCGAAACCCAGAUACUCUGAAAAGGGUUCUUGCAAACAUGGAUUGACUUUUGUGCAUUCCAAUUCACGGAAUCCGAGCGGUAGGAACAGCCGCAGUUAACAUGUGCCUAGUGGCCACAGGCGGGGCAGAUGCUUAUUACGAAAUUGGGAUCCACUGCUGGGACAUGGCAGCAGCUGCAGUCGUAGUUACAGCGGGAAGCGUUGUAAUGGAUGUCACUGGUAAGUAG